AAGACCCAACGCUACGAGACUAGUGUGAAGUACACUGCAAAUCAGUAGAAAAAAAUCACAACACCCAAAACAAAAAAUGGGCAAAAAAAUGUUGGUAACACCGGUGCGCUAAAAAAGCUUGCAAACUUCACGCACCUAACCUGCGCUGGACAUCGACUCGUCCGUAUCUCUAAACUCUGGGAAAAUGUAUAUUGAUUUUUCAAAGAAAAGUCAACCGAUGUAACAAAACACCAUUCGCGGAGUGUUUAUACGCGUAGUAAAGUGCCGCGGUCGAUGUGCUGUGUCGUCAAGAUGAUGCGACGGUGUUCGUCGUCGCGUUCCGAGUGAGAUCGGAGAGAGUGUUGCGUCGCUCGGCCGUCGGCCCGGAGCCCGGCCGCGGCCAGGGCCUGGGCGCGCCAUGGACGCCGGCGCUGCUGACCCGCUGCGAGUGGCCAGGCCGUGAGUAUCAUGUCUCGUUGCCCGCACCCAUCGCUUACAGCGUGCUGUGGACGUUCCGCCCGCGUUCUUACGUCGUGGAUUAUUUCGGUCCCCGCGAGCCCAUCCGAGGUUGCGAAACGGCCCGUCCGCGCUCGUUUCUCGCUCGCGCCGAGCGGACAUUCUCUCGCUCGUGCGGUCGCGGCGUCACGGCCUCCGCGUUGCGCCAUUUCGAAACGGUCGCAUCGUCCGCUCGCGCUAGUGCUGCAAGGCGAGGACACCGCGGCCAGCGCUGAUAGCGAUCGAGCUGUGAGCGCGGCGGCCGAGCGUGACCGCCUCCGCCCGCUCAGCCUCAGUGCCACCCGUAUGAAUGACUCGGCCAGCCGGGAUCGUAAAUCAGAAUCGUGUUUACAGUUUUUGCGGGGCGCACGAAACCUGUCGCGCCGCCCCCGAGACAAAGGGCGGCGCGAGAGGCGCUCGGCCUCGGCGCGGCUCGACCGUGGCGCUCACCAAACGCCCGAGUGAAUUAUGGCUAGGUGCAUAUAACCCGUGUACUACACAUACCUAACAUACGCGCCUACCUAUCUAUAGCUAUAUGCAGCGAAGGCUGCGAGUAUGUACCUACCUACUCAAACAAAGCAUUUUGCCCACAAAUCCAUACUGCUAGCCUCGUACGGGCAGCGUUCGCGUUCUUUGUAAAAUUUCGUGCGAAUCCGCGACGGGGGUGAUGUCAUGUGUGUGUAUGUCGUCUUAGCUAACAUCUGGGCGUUUGUCAAUUGUUAAUAUUAGUGUGCAUUUUGAGGUUAGGUUGUGACUGUGUCUCUGAGUGACCCAGGACAGGCCACCGCGGAGCCCCGGCCGGCGGAGCACUGCUGGUGCAGUCUGUGUGGCUGGAGGAGGGCGAAGAGAAGCCGAAGCCGACAGAGAACCAAGACGACGGGUACGAGACGAGUAACAGCGGCGAGGCGGCGCGUCGCAAGCCCUCCAGCGCUGAGGGCUCGCCGGCGCCGCCUGCUGAACCCUCGCCACCGCCAGACCCACCCUACGAGCCGCUCAUGCGGCACUACGAGCCCGAGCCGGAGCCCUACCGGCACUUCGAGCCGCCCGCGCCGCCUCCCCCGCAGCCCGAGCCGCAGUACCAGCACUUCCCGUUCCCCAAGUAUGGCGGCGACCCGUACGCGUUCAAGCGCGAGCCCGAGGUGCCGUACGACAUGAGCCAGCACCACCAGUACGCGCCCACGGGCAAGCGCGACGACGACAUGUACAACGGCAUCAAGCGUGAGUGCGAGGACCCCUACUCCUUCGUGGAGGAGGAGGCCAUGUGCGCCAUGCUGGCCCAGCCCCAGCACCACGCCGUGCCGCCGCACCUGCAGCACCACGAGCACCACGCGCACAUGAUGCAUCCUCAGCAGAUGAUGCUCAACCAGCCCAAGAAGCGCGGCCGCAAGAAAAAGAUCAAGGACGAAAACGGCAUGGAGCUGAAGGCGGAGGCCGGCAUGGAGGGCGCGCUGGUGCCGCGCCCCGUCAAGGAGCGCAAGAAGCACGACCGGUUCAACGGCAUGAGCGAGGAGGAGGUCUCCCGCCGCACUCUGCCCGACCACCUCGCGGAGAACCUCGACAUCAUCAUUAUCGGCAUCAACCCGGGUCUGUUCGCGGCGUACAAGGGACACCACUACGCGGGCCCCGGGAACCACUUCUGGAAGUGUCUGUACCUCUCCGGCCUCACAAGGGAACAGAUGAGCGCUGACGAAGACUACAAGCUGCUGAACUUCGGCAUCGGGUUCACGAACAUGGUGGCGCGGCCGACGAAGGGCAGCGCGGACCUGACGCGGCGCGAGAUCAAGGAGGGCUCCGCCAUCCUGCUGGAGAAGCUGCAGACGUUCCGGCCCAAGGUGGCCGUGUUCAACGGCAAGCUCAUCUACGAGGUGUUCUCCGGGAAGAAGGACUUCUGCUUCGGCAAGCAGCCCGACACCAUCGCCGGCACUAACACCUACAUGUGGGUGAUGCCGUCGUCGUCGGCGCGCUGCGCCCAGCUGCCGCGCGCCGCCGACAAGGUGCCCUUCUACGCGGCGCUGAAGAAGUUCCGCGACUACCUCAACGGGCUGGUGGCGCACGUCGACGAGGCCGAGCUGGUCUUCCCCGACAACACCAGCCGCCGCCCGCAGGAGGAGAUGGAGAUCCGACGACUGACGAUGGAGCCGGAGCCGGGCGACACCAUCAUCCUGGAGGACGGCACCGAGGUGCCGCUGAAGAAGAAGCGAGGCCGGCCCAAGAAGGUGAAGCUGGAGAACGGCGAGGUCGCGCCCGCCGCGCCGCGCCAGCCGCGCGCGCCGCGCCCGCCGCCCGCGCUGGACGCGCACGACCAGCCGCCCAAGAAGAAGCGCGGCCGGCCCAAGAAGAUCCGCCCCGACGACCCGCACUACCUGCUGCAGCAGCAGGCGCCGCCGCUGCAGGCGCUGCACGACGCGCCCGCCGCGCCCCCCUACCUGGCGCCCGCAGACUUCUACCCCCACCACCACCAGCAGCUGGCGCCCGACCAGCCCAACUACUUCCAGCAGCAGCAACCCAACUCCGAGAGCGGUAUGGGCGGCAUGGAGUCGUCCGGGCUGGACGUGGGCGGCGGGGGCGGCGGCGGCGGAGGGGGCAACAUGCUGGGUGGCAUGGCGCGCGGGUAUGGCUCGCCCGGCGCGUACGCUGCGUCCCCGCGCGGCGUAUACGCCAGCCCGCGUAGCCAGGGCUACUCGCCCAGCCCCGCGCGCCCCGCAGGCACCCCGCAACCACAGGUACACCACGUCUCUCUGCUAAUUGUCUUCUUGUCAUCUCUCUACUUUACUUUCUAUUAUUUCCCAUAGAAACGUGCAAUGAUAUAAGAAUUCAUUGGAGUUCUUUUUUUAAUUAUAUUUGUUUUUG